AUGAAGCUGCUCUACCAAGAUGACCCUCCAAUGAUGCUGUUCUACCCGGUUGACCCUCUGAUGAGGCUGUUCUACCCAGAUGACCCUCUGAUGAGGCUGUUCUACCCGGUUGACCCUCUGAUGAGGCUGUUCAACCCAGAUGACCCUCUGAAGAGGCUGUUCUACCCAGAUGACCCUCUGAUGAGGCUGUUCUACCUAGAUGACCCUCUGAUGAGGCUGUUCUACCCAGAUGACCCUCUGAAGAGGCUGUUCUACCCAGAUGACCCUCUGAUGAGGCUGUUCUACCUAGAUGACCCUCUGAUGAGGCUGUUCUACCUAGAUGACCCUCUGAUGAGGCUGUUCUACCUAGAUGACCCUCUGAUGAGGCUGUUCUACCCAGAUGACCCUCUGAUGAGGCUGUUCUACCCAGAUGACCCUCUGAUGAGGCUGUUCUACCCAGAUGACCCUCUGAUGAGGCUGUUCUACCUAGAUGACCCUCUGAUGAGGCUGUUCUACCCAGAUGACCCUCUAAUGAGGCUGUUCUACCCGGAUGACCCUCUGAUGCGGCUGUUCUACACAAAUGAUCCUCCGGGGAGCUCUAUACUAUCCAUAUGCCCCUCAGUGAAAAUGUUUUGCCCAGAUGAUCCUCAGUGA